UUGUCGAUCUCUUUGAGAUAUAUGGCCGUAACAGGAAAGUUAGUUGGACAUGUUGAGAUCAGUGCAGGUCCGGAUGUGUUGCACAAUCUUUUGAGGUACAAACCACACGAUAUAUCUUCUAUUUCUGAUUGUGUUCAUGGUUGUGAUCUGGUUAGCGGUCAGCAAGGAGUUGUCGGCUCCAUCAUUUGCUGGAACUAUACCCAUGAUGGAAAGAAGCAAUUUGGUAAAGAGAUAAUCGAAGAAAUCGAUGAGACGAAUCACAAAAUCGUGUUCAAGUUGAUUGAAGGAAAUGUAUUGGAGAUAUACAAGGCCUUCAAAAUAACAUUUCAUGUUGAACCCAAGGAUGGUAAACAAUUGGCCACUUGGACGUUUGAGUUUGAGAAGCCACAUCCAAGUGUACCCGAUCCAACUUCUGUGAUGGACCUUCUUUGCGGUAUUGUUAAAGAUAUGGAUGUUCAUGCAUGCAAGCCGUAA